CCACGAAAGCCAAUGAAAUUGAUGGGCUUUAGCUGACGCACGACCGACUGAGGCGGCAGCGGAGCACGGGCGUGGUUUACGGUCCAACAGGUUCGCGUUCACGCGCGGAAACUCGCGCAGCCCGAGGGAAGCGGAGCUCGCGCUCUCCCGCUCUGUCACCUGGCCGCUUCGGGAAGCGCCGAAAUGUUGAACUUGGGAGGCGGAGGAGCGAAAAGCGCCAAGCCGUCGUUCGUGUCUUAUGUUACGCCCGAGGAAAUAAAAUCUGAGAAAGAACCACAAAAGAAAGAGAGGCAUCCUGACUUGCUACCAGGGGAAGUUGUGUUCUGCAGUGCAAGCCCCAUUCUUAAACACACACAGGAUGACGUCUCUCAGCGGGGAAUCUUCGGCACGCUCCUCUGCACUAAUUUUCGUGUCUCUUUUAUCAGUGAUGAGACACCGCUGGAGGAGAUGACCCAACACUUCAGGAAUAAGCUCUAUGGAGAUAACGACAUUCCUCUAAUGUGUGUGGACCUUGUCUACGGAGUUUAUGAUGAGAAGAAAAAGUUGAUAACUGGAGGCGUUCUGGCAAAUAAAUAUCCAUCAAAAAUCAUCAUUCACUGUAAAGACCUGCGUGUCUUCCAGUUCUGCUUAACCUAUACCAAAGAAGAGGAUUCCAAAAGGAUCUUUCGGGGUAUUGUUCACCACUGCCUGGAGCCAAAGUCUCUGAAAUGUGUCUUUGCUUUUUCAUAUGCUCAUGCAACAUGUCGAGCAAUACAUACAGCACAGAAGACUGUUAUGUUCGAUUCACCAGAUGAAUGGAUGCAAGAAAUGAAAAGGACCAAAGGCAACUGUAGAAUAGUCACUAAAAAUGAGAACUUUGAACUUUCCACAAAAUUACCAAAGUACUUCAUCAUUCCAGCAGCUGUCACUGAUGAGGAUUUAGAUAAAUUCCCAGGAAACGGGUUACCAAUUUGGUGCUGGUCCCACCAUAGUGGCUGUGCUUUAUUUAAAUCCUCCUCUGUGCCCACAAGUCAGGAAGAUGGGGUCGUACAGGCCUACAUGGAGAGAAUGCUUCAGGCUGUGGCUCAAAACCACCUUUAUUCUGUUAAAACAGAGGAUCUGUCAGAAACACUCCCCACCAUUCAGGACAUUCAGCAGUCUUAUACCAAGUUCAAGCAAUUUUUUCUCAUUGAUAAUUCCACUGAUUUUUGGGUGUCAGAUGUCAAGUGGUUCUCCUCUCUUGAAAGCUCAGGCUGGCUAGACAUUAUAAGACAGUGUCUCUAUAAAGCAGUGGAAGUGGUAGAGUGCCUUGAAAAAGAAAACACCAACGUCCUUAUAAUGGACGAGGAAGGUACAGACCUGUGCUGCAUUAUUUCCAGCCUGGUUCAGAUCAUGUUGGAUCCUCACUACAGGACACUGACAGGCUUUCAGGGCCUGGUGCAGAAAGAGUGGGUGGCUGGGUGCCAUGCUUUCCUCGAUCGAUGUAAUCACCUUCAUCAGAAGGACAAGGAGUGUCAGUCCCCAGUCUUCCUGCUCUUCCUGGAGUGUGUGUGGCAGCUAGUUCAACAACACAGCACAGCCUUCCAGUUUUCCGAGACGUACUUGACCGUCCUGUCCGACAGUGUGCAUGUGCCAGUCUUCAGCACUUUCCUCUUUAAUUCUGCCCAUCAGAGGGAAAGCACAAUGAAGGCAGAGUCGCAGUACUCACAAAGAGGCCCAUUGACCUGCCCUGCAGUGUGGGACUGGUCGGUGCAGUUUGACUCCAAGGCCCAGCAGCUCUUCUUUAACCCUCUGUAUAGCGAGAAGCUCAAGCAAGAGAAAACCUUACGCAAAUGUCCUCGGGGAAAGCAGCACCAACGGCAGUUGUCAUUGCCCAGCUCUGCAUUUAAAACUCCUCCCAAGAAGGGUUUCUUCAAAGAUGAGGCAGACAGCCUGAAGAAGCUGCUUCGUGUAAAGCGCCUCAGCCGCUGGAUGGUGUCGCCUGAGAGCUCGGUGGCAGGGACCACUAGCGAGUUCUAUGAGGCUUGGCAGCGUCGCCCACCGGAUCCCCACGGCCUGCUGCUGCCGUGUCUGUCUGGACCAGCCAUGCGUCUGUGGAUGCAGCGCUGCCUCCGCUGGAUCCCUGACAGCCAGAUCGUGGGUGGAGGCUCCGUGGCUGUCACAAGCAAGCUUGCUGAGCUCCUGGCCCAAGUGCAGGAGCUCCGGAGUGAGCUAGAGCGCAGGGGAUGUUGGGAUACGCAGGCUGAAAGCCACCGCCUGCAGCCAGGGCCAAUAGCGUUGACACGGGCCUCUGUGCGUCUGUCUUCCUCUUUCCCAUUUGCUUCUGGUCGGAGCUGGUGCUCCAAGCCUGCCAUACCCACAAGCCUUCUACAUAGUCUGAUGGUGAGCGAUAAGCUUGCAAGCCAAGAUGAUGAAUGCAGUGAAGUCAUAAGCUUUGUUUAGGAACAGGAGACCUAUUUAGAGUGACUUGGGUCACUGCUUUGGAGUGACUUACUUGUGUAUUUAAGGUGUGUCUAUGUAUACAGUCCCAGUCAAAGAUUUUGACACACUUUAUUAAAUGAAUCAUGAAGCUGGUUGAAAAAUACCAAGCUGUCAUCAAGGCAAGAUUCAAGGAAUUCUAAAAAGGAAAAAUCAAAUGCAGUACUAUAUUGAGACCUAAAGACAAUGGGCCUCAGUUAUCAACCUGAAUAUGAACAAAUUUAUUUGUAAACAAGAGCAUUUAAACAAUGAAUAUAUUCAUAAAAAUCCAGUUUGGAAGGAGGUUUGCAUCCUAAAAGCGCUUCUGUGUUCAUGUAAAUUUCCAUAUAAGGAGACUCACUUAUGAACUUUGAUCGGCUUCAAAUUGUAUAAUUGGAGAUAAGUUUAUAUAAGGCACUCCUAUAUAUGGAUUACAAUGUCAAGUUUAAAUUGCUUAUUUAUUUCAUUUACACACACAAAUUAAAGAAGGUUUUGUGGCAAUCAGUCAUUUCAUAUUAAUGACUUGAAAGAAAUCGAUCCGAAAGAAAUACCUAAAUUAUGACCAAAGAUAAAAGAAAAGUCACCCUGUAAAAGGAGGAAAGAUGAGUAUGUUUAUUACGGCUCAAGCGCUGAAUUAUAGGAAGACUUAAUACAUGCUGUGAUUAGGAGGCAUUCUUUUGUUACCAUUUGGUCAUUUUCAGCUCUGAGAGCUUUGCCAUUUGUGGGUGUCUCUAAGUGCAAAUCAGCUGUGCCAUGAAUGCGCUUUCUAAUUUACAGGUGAUUGCCGUUUAUCACAUGCGCAUAAGUAUAAAGAAAAUCUGUGUUACGGAAGCAUUUGUAAAUCGCCUGGCGUGGCUUAUGAUGAUAUUUGCACACAACUUUACUAAGUUAAAAGUUAAAAGGUUCAUUAAUGAGGUCCAUUGUUUAAAUUGUAAGAGCAGGGUCUAGAUUGAAGAAUUUAAAAUAUAAGGAGCUUGGAUGAACAGUUUGUGUCACUGCCAAAAAUCUAUAUAUGGUAUUUAAUAGGUUGGAUGUCUAUUAUAGAAAUUGGAAAAUGGUUAAAAUGAAUAAACCCUUACUGUAAACAGGUGUGGUCAGAUCUUUGACUAGUACCUGUGUUACUGUGUGAUUUGAAGAUGAGACCAAUGAGGUCUUAAGCUUGGCUGAAGAGCAGAUCUUUGUAUAGUGAAUUAACUCAAAGUGAGCUGAGUGAUAAAGCCUUGUUCGUAUUGUAGGUGGACCCUGCUGUAUCAGAACCCUGACUUGAGCCAUAAGAACUAAACUUUUAUAUAAGCAUAUAUGCAAGCGCUAAAUCAGGAAUGCAGUAUGUUUAUUUUGUAUGUGUAAUAUGUUGGUUAGGCAUUUAUUUACAAGGUUGCACAGUCCAGUAUGGAUUGGACCAGUUGUUUCUAACACCAGAGGCAUGAGGAUAGUUAUGGCUUGUCAGUGAUGUAUGAGGGUUUUUGUUUUUUCACAAAAUCCUUAAUAAAUGAAUAGCACUUUUCUAGUAUGACUGUAAAUGUCCAAUAGAAAAAAAAACAUUUGGGCAUAGUGAAAGUUUAGCUGCAAAAAAAUGUUGAAAACCUGAUUCAUAUGAUUAGUAUUGCAGUGGAGUUUGAGGAAAUUCAGAAGAGCUUAAUCCAAAUUAAUGUGCUCUAGACAAUUAAUCAAUCCAUAUUUUCAAGCAAAAAAAAAAAAAAAAGAAUAUUUUAUGUAUUAUUUUACUUAUGAUACUGUUAACUUUGCCUUUGUAUGUUGCCUUUUUGCUAUAUUAUGUAAUGUAUAUAAUGCAUAUAAUUUCACUCAGCCUUAUGGGGCAUACCUCAUUUGGUCUUGUGCCUUAACUACUGAGUGCAGUUUUAAUGGUUUAAAGGUUUGAGGGUAGUUAAUGCACCCAAACAGUUAAAAUCCAAAUCAAACAAGAAAAAAUGUAAAAUGAAAUUCUGAAAUCUUGCAAAUAUGCAAAAAAUAAGCCUUAUUUAUUUUUAUUAAAAUACCUUAGUUAAUGUGUUGAAUUUUUUUUUUUUUUUUUUUUUUUUGAGAUGGAACGUCCAAAAAAAAAAAAAAAUAGUAAGUGUCUGAUGUGGUGCCAUCUGCUGGUUUACAGCCUGUCUUAAACACAGGGAACAAAAAAGACAAAAGAGCUUUAAGUGCUUCUGGUUAAGAUGGCUUUACUUAUUUCAAUAUUAUGACUAGCUGGUUUGACUUUGCAAAGGACGUUAGAGAAUAUUAAGUGUUUGUUUAUGCAUUACUUUUAUUAUAAAUACCUAAAGAAGGAUUUAGUCAACUUCUUGUAAAACAGCGAAGUAAUGUAAUGAUUACACAUUGAAACCAUGGACUUGAAAUUAUAUAAAGCAUGAUACAAAAAUUCCUAGUCAACAUAUUUUCUUAGGAGUUCGCCUUGUCCUGUAAACAUUUAUGCAUUAAAUAUAUAUUUUUUAAAAAAAACAUAUUUGUUUGAAUAUUCAGUAUAGCAAAAGAGUAUGCCUUUGGUUAUUACUGUAUGGAUAAUGUGUUUAUCCAUACAAUCAUAUACAAGGUGCCUAAUGUAUAAUUUUUGUCCUACUGCCUUUUUAAAUUAAUUAUUAAUUAGAAACAAUUGCUUCUUUUAUAAAGAACUGUCUUUUUUUUUUUUUUUUUCAAACUUAAAGCUGUUUUUCAAACUUAAUUGCACUACUGCCUGUUUGUGCUCAGACACUGUUACAUAAAGCUAAUCCUUUUCACUGGGGUGAGUUUGUUUACUUUGUUUUUGAGCUUGUGAAGUUUGUUCUGUAAGUUCAGAUUACUGUAUAUGUGUUCUGUCCUCACACAAAUAACCAAUACACUUUAUUAUGCUUUACCACAAGUGGAGGUUAUUCCUUGUCGAAGUUGUGUAAAGGCAUCCGUAAUCAAUCAAGUUAAAAAGCCAUGUCAUUUACAGCAGAGUGCAGAAUUUAAUUGGACAGUGGCACGGGUUUUGUUUUUACUCUGCAGCACUUUGAUUUAAAAUAAAGUAAUGAUAUUGAGGUUA